GCUACCAUCUCAAAUUAAAACCACCCACACUCGCAAAUUAUACUCUCGGUGAUCUUCAUUUUCUCGCAGAGGAGAGAGAAAAUAAGAGAGAGAAAGAGCUUCAAUCCAGAAGAAAUUAGGGCAGAAAAAUGGAUCCAGAUGCAGUAUCCAAGGCAUUCGUCGAGCACUACUACUCCACAUUUGAUGCCAAUCGUCCAGGGUUAGCGAACUUGUACCAGGAUUCAUCGAUGUUGACCUUCGAAGGCCAGAAGAUUCAAGGCUCUCAAGCUAUCACUGCUAAGCUCAACAGCCUUCCUUUUCAGCAGUGUCAACACCAUAUCUCUACCGUCGAUUGUCAGCCUUCCGGUACCGGCGGCAUGCUUGUUUUCGUCUCUGGUACUCUCCAACUCGCCGGCGAACAGCACGCUCUCAAAUUCAGUCAGAUGUUCCAUUUGAUGCCAACACCACAACAAAGCUUUUACGUUCAGAAUGACAUAUUCCGGUUGAACUAUGCUUAAAUAAGGUGAUGAGGGCCCACUUUGUCAAAAAGGGAUGAAGAAAUGUGUUCUUUGAUUGUCCAGGAUUGGUGCUUAGGUGUUAUAGUUCCAUAGCUCUUUGGAUGGAAACUGGAAAUAUUUUUGGCUGGUCAUGUUUGAUUAUCAUUGUGUGAUUUUGCUUUUUUACAUCUGUCUUUAAUGAUUUGGAUUCUGGCAUUUGUAUUGGCAGUCUUUGGAAUGUUACCCUGAACAGACACCUCCAGUCUUCAAAAUUACAUAUAUUCAGAGUUAUUCAGGACUCUCA